GACGCUCCACACGACCCGGUCCCCCUAGUUCCUGGGCCUGAGGAACCAGCAGGGCCUAUGGUCAACCUCCGACUACGGCUCCAACGUCGUCAUCGCCGUCCAUAUGUAAAGAUGUUGCCGAUACGACUUAUGCUCUCUUGAACAAUCUGCUGGGUAAUCCAAGAUGCUCUUUGCUUGUUGCAAAGGAUCCCGAAGAUAGAACUGAUACGGUGAUCACAUCAUAUGGAGAUGCUAUUUCUACUGGCUAUCGCAAGAGCACUCUAUCACAAAUCCUCGAUAUUGAUUUUGGAUGAAGCUACUUCUUCUUUGGAUAGCAGGUCUGAACAGUUAGUGAGAUGAGCACUGGGGCACUUAGUGACUAAUCGCACAAGUGUUGAAGAGGCAGAAUGUCGUAGGGCAUAUGAUUCUGCUACUGAGGCAUACACUUCAUCUUUUGACCGCAUGAAGCCAUCAGAGGAGGCUCCUACUGUUAUAUAUACAUAUAUCCUUAUCUACAAUACUUGUGUGUUGAUCAUUUUUUGAAUCAUCUCCAGCACUAACAACUUGUAUGCAGGCUGUUCUUAGAGAAGCACACGAAGUUGCGGUUCAAAAUGCUCACUGGAGUCAUUCACUGAAACUUUUGUGGCAAAGAUGAAAUCAUAUCCUUAACAUUGAUGCAGUUACAUGUUUUUUUCCUAUUAUUUAACUUAUGCUGAUAUUAACUCAAUUGAGUGACAUAUAUUUCCUGUAGCCUGACUUGACUGCCCCGGGUGUUGACAUACUGGCAGCGUGGUCGCCUAUAGCACCCAUGUCAGAAUACAGUGGAGAUAAGCGAUCAGUAGCUUACAACAUAAUCUCAGGCACUUCCAUGGCUUGCCCUCACGCAAGCGGCUCUGCUGCCUAUGUCAAGUCCUUCCAUCCAAAUUGGUCUCCUGCUGCUAUCAAGUCUGCUCUGAUGACUACAGCUCAUCGGAUGAAUGCAACUUCGAACGAGGAAAUGGAGUUUGCAUACGGUGCAGGACAAGUAAACCCCGUUGCAGCAGCGAACCCGGGGUUAGUUUACGAUGCAGACGAAGCAGAUUAUGUGAGAAUGCUUAACGAGUCAUUCACUGAAACUUUUGUGGCAAAGAUGAAAUCAGUCGCUGGUAAAAUUGUUGCCAUGAAAUGUAUAGCAGCAUACAGAAGUGGUUUGGACAUUGAUACAAAUGUCAGUAAGAAGGCUGCCGAAGAAGGUUUGCUUGAAGAUUUACAUGGUAGUGCAAAGAAAGACUGUACGAGACACUUGAUUGGUGAAUACGUCGUAUGGUUAUGUAUUUAUUGCUUUUUGAAGUACAUGAUGCUUAUGUUGCAAAUUUUAUUUUCUACAGCUGGGAAGCGUAUGUAAUGCACCAAAGUUAGUUUUUGUUGUUCUGUGUACUAUGGUUAAUUUUUUGUACUCCAUGUUGGAUUAUCCAAAGACUAGUAUUUGUUUUUCAGCACAUUUGUGUUGACUCUUCUUGUAUGCUACAACUUGGUUAUGUAUCA